AUGGAGUUUGCAGGCCAUCCUAUCAUCGGCGCGGGUCAUUUGCUCUGCCGCCAACCAUCGACCAACCUUGACGAGUCCAAAUUCCUCAAUGUCACAACGAAAGCAGGCCCCGUUCCAAUCAAAUAUGACGCAGCUCAGAAAACCGUAUCCGCCGGAGUCCCGCAUAAUAUUCACAUCCACCAACAGCCAGCAACACUCAAUCACAUCACUCCUGUUCAAGCGUCUCUGACCACGGCCUCUGAUUUGAAAGGUGUGCCCGAAAGCUCUGCUGUGGUAUCGGUGGUUAAAGGCGUCACAUAUGCGUUGGUCGACCUAACUGAGCGACCUGAUCUCUUUGCGAACAUCGGACCCGGUGGAAGUCCGGCCCUUAACCUUGACGAAGGAUGGACACCUUCGUUCACUGGUGUUAUGUAUCAUCGUCACCUCGGGUCUCACGAGGAGGGAAGUCUCUUGGUGUGGAAUCUUCGCGUACGCAUGAUUGCUAUUGAUUUGGAAGACCCUGCAUGUGGCAGCGGGGGAUGCUCCCUCGGCGCUUACCUUGCUCUAUCGAAUGCCCACAAGAGCCAACGCCAUCGAUUCUGCAUUGACCAGGGUAUCGAAAUGGGUAGGGAUAGUUUGGUGAUUGUAGAUGUGGUCCUUGAUGAUGAGAGGAAGAAGGUUUCGACCAUCGAACUUAGUGGCCAUGCUGCAUUUGCUGCGGAGGGUAAAAUCUUCGUGGAGUGA